UGUUCUGCGCUCUCCGGCAUAUGUGUGGUCGCGGGAAUUUAUUUUGUGGGUAUUUGUUGACGUUUUUGUUUGAUUCGAUGGUGUUGCGUGCUCGUCGUGUGCCCGUGUUUUGGACCCUCGUAAUCGGUAACCCCGCGCUAUGGCUCCUUCACUGCGCAGGUCAGCGAAAGUUCCGAGACAAGCAGCACAACUUGCGAGUGCCAAAAUGGAGCUACCAAGCCUCGCACACAGUUCCCCCAGGAAGCGCUCCCAUCCUGUGAGCAGCAGAGACCCUUCCAGGCGGAGUGUUGCAUCUCAUCCUUCAAGCCCACAACAUCAACGAAAGAUGCCUCGACUCGCCAGUGGUGGUUGUGCUCAGAGCCUCCUCAAGGUGACGGGAGACAGUCAUUUUAAGGACACUGGCAACAGUGUUUGUGACGUGAUCCACAACAGCAUGAAGAGGGUAAAGUUUCAAAUAUCACCAUCUAAAAGAUCGUUAGUAGAGCCUGCACCUGAAUCGAAUACUGAAAAUCAGGACGAAGUUGGUGAAGCCACUGAGAAGGCGAAGUUACAGCAAUCACCCAGGAGGGCAUCACGGAAACACAAGAGUCAUCUUAAGGACACUCGUGACAGUGUUUGUGACCUGGCCCAGAGCACCACAAAGAAGGCGAAGUUGCAAACAUCACUACCUGAGAGCGAGUCGAGAAAACCUGCACUGAAGUCGAAUGCUGCAAGCCGUGAUGAAGUUGGCAAUACAGCCAAUGAGAAGUCGCAGCAAUCACCCGUGAAGGCGUCACAGCAACUGGAGACUCAUCUUAAGGACACUGGUGAUAGAGUUUGUGACGUGCCUCAGAGCGCCAUGAAGAAAGCGAAGUUGAAAACAUCACCACCUGAGAGGGCGUCAAGGAAAAGUGCACCCAAGUCAAAUGCUGCAAGCCGCGAUGAAGUUGGUGUUAUGGCCAGUGAGAAGGUAAAUUUGCGGCAAUCACGCAGGAAGACAUUGCGAAAACCUGGCAGUCAUCUUAACGACGCUGGUGAUAAUGUUUGUGACCAAGCCUGUAGCAGCACAAACAAGGCAAAGUUGCAAAUAUUGCCCCCUGAUAGGGUGUCGGGAAAGCAGUGUGCGCGAGUCGAACGCUGCAAAGCGCGAUGAAGUUGGCGAUGUGGCCAGUGAGGAAGCCAAGUCACAGCAGUCAUCUGGGAAGGUGUUCCAAAAGCUCAACAGUCAUCAUGGAGAUACUGGUGACAAUCUUCGUGACUCUGCCCAUAGCAGCACAAAGAAGGCAAUGUUAAAAAUGUCACCACCUAACAACUUGUUGGGACAAGGUGCACUGAAGCCAAACACUCAUAGCUGUGAUGAAGUUGGCAAUACGACUAACGAGAAGGCCAAGCUGCAAGAAUCACCUGCAAAAGUAUCACAGAAACCCCUACUUAGGUCAAGCUCUGAAAGUCCUGUUAAAGUUGAAAAUUCAGCCCAGAAGAGUAAGCCACAGUUGUGCAAGACUAAUCGGGUGCUACGUCGACGAGUGACUAAGGUGGGCAUUCAAAGCUCUGGUGACGAUGACGCAGCCUGUCACAGGAAGUCAAACUUGCAGAACUCACCUGUAAAAGCAUCACGGAAACCUGUGCUUAAUUCAACUGCUGAAAAAUCUAAUGUAGACGAUGCAACCUGCAGCAAAAAGGCAAAGUUGCGACAGUCGCGCUCUAAGGUGCUACGAGAGCCUGUGCUCAAUUUAGAGGCUAAGAUUCUAAUGUUCCUGACGAUACAGCAUGCAACCUAAAGGAAACAAUGUAUAGAUCACAUGACAAGUUACUACAGGACCCUGUGCUGAAAUCAGAUCAGAAAGAGUACAGUGAUUCAAAUAAUCCACCCCACAGCAAAAAGACAAGGUUGCUGAGAUCUGCUCAUAGGGCGCCACCGAAGCUCAUGCUAAAGUCGGAUACCGAAGACUCAACCGACGUUGACGACCUGGAUUACAAAGAAAAGGCAAAGUUACUCAACUUGUCCAGUGGUAUCCUGCGGGAACGUCUUUUGGAGUCGGACACCGACGACUCCAACGACCCAACUUGGGAAGAGAAUACAAAAUGGCCGAGGUCGUCCACAGGGGUGCCACAAAAGACCACGCUAAGGUCAAAUGCUGAAUCUGGUCAAAACGCGUUGUCGAGACAGCCUGAGAAGAAGAAAGGUAGAGGACCCGGCAGACCUAAGAAAAAGGUCUGGCGAGGCAGCGUUUCUGUGAUUCACAAACCUUGUGAAGAAGAAAAGAACACACAAGCUGUGAAAGGUUGCAAGGAAACACCCAAGACGGUCAUGACGAGCUCGAACUCCACCCGGCAGGCAGAGAGGCAAGUUGAAGAACCUUACCGUGAAACAAGGAUCUUUGCACCACUAUUUAGAAGACCUGUUUGCAAAAGGCUCCGUGAAAAGUGCUCCGUGACGGGAUGCCCGCAUGCCGACGAAGCACAGAGCCCCACCGGCCUUUGGCUGUUUGCACUCCCUGACAAAACGAACGAAGCGGAACUUUAUUCCGAGUGGCUGCGGCAUGUGCCCAUUGACGAUAGUAUCAACAGGCCGCUAAGUCCACGUGUGUGCUUCAAGCACUUCGACUCAAAGAAGCACUUUGUGUCAAUGAAGCAUCGCAUUUUAGGGCUAAGGCUAGACGCUGUCCCGAUCAACGCUGUUGCAACCCUUGAAAAGCACAAAUGGCAGUCCGGCCAACGCAUUUCGUUGUUCGCCCAAACAGUGCACUUCAGGUGCUAACCUUGAGCAAGCCAGCACAUCGACAACUGGUGUGAGACAGAAGCCGUGGUCUAUGAGAGCUUCCAGAAAAAAGCGGAAAUUGCAGUCCGCCGCUUGUGCCACUGUGAUGCAGGAGCCGCAAUCCUUGACAUCAGCUGGCGUUGCAGAAGAACCUCAAUCCACAACAGCUGGCAGCCGCACAGGAGUUGCAGCCUCCAACUACUCCAGUUGUGGGGCAGGAGUCGAAGUGCGAGACUUCUGCCGAUGUAGGUGUCGAGUGUCAUUCAGUAACACCUUCUGGAGCAGCACACAAAUUGCAGUCAAUGACUGCCAGUGCACUUAUUGCUAUGGUGCAGGAGCCACGGUCCAUGACUCCUGUGGAUGACAGUUCGGUGUCUCAGCCUGUGAAAACGAAUGAAGAAGCAACGAAAUUGCAGUCCACUACAACUACCACAAUUAUUCAGCAACAACAUUCUAUGACUUCUGCUGCUGUUACAGCAGAAGCUCAGUGUUUAAUGGCUGGUGGAGUAGCACAGGAAUCGCAGCCCGUAGCUACUUCUAUCAUGGGGCAGGAGUUGCAGUCUUUGAGUUCUGCGGAUGCCACUUCGAAAUCUAAGCCUGUGGGGACUGAAGAAGCACAGAAUUUGCACUCUACCAUUAGUGCCACCAUUGCACGGAAAUCCAAGUCUGUGACUCUAGCUGAUGUUGGGGCAGAAACUCAGCCAAUGAUGACUGCUGGAGUAGGACAAGGAUCACAGUGCACAUGUGCUGCUUCUGUGAUGCAGGCAUCGCAAUCCACAACUUUUGACUAUGAUGUCAAUUUGCAGUCUCAGCCUGUGGCAAUCGACAAACUAGUGCAGAAAUCGUGGACUGCUAUUACUGCCUCAGGCGCAGAGGAAUCCCACUGUACUACUUCAGCUAAUGUCACAGCAGAAACUGAGUCCAAGAUUGCUGAAGUAACACAGGAAUUACAGCCCACAGGUACUGCUAUAAUGGUGCAGGAGUCGCAAUGCAUGGCUUUCGAAAAUGUCAGUUCCGAGCCUCCGCCCGUGGAAACUGAUGGAGAAACCCAGAAAUUAGAGUUCGCUAUUAACAGCGCACUGGUGCAGGAACUGCAUUCUGUUGCUUCAGCUGAUAUCGCAGCUCAAACUUUGUCAAUGACGUCUGCUGGAGUAGCACAAAAAUCACAGUCCACAGCUGCCAGUGGGGCAGCUGUGGACUGUGAUCAACACAGCAAAGGUAGCUGUGAAUCACAGUCCACAGCUACCUUUGCUGAUCAGGGUGUGGAGUCUCGGUCAACAGAAGCAGCUGGAACAGCAAACGGAACACAGUGCACAACUGGUGCUGCCAUGUCUCAGGAGCCAGAGUCCAUGGAUUUAGUGAAUACUCCGGUAGAAAUAGAGUCCACACCAGCCACUGGAGCAGCAAAGGCUGACCUGUCCACUGUUUCUACCACCACAGAGUUACUGUCUACAACUACUUCAUCCGUGAUGGAAGCACUACAGUCAGCGCUACCCGAUAUUGCAGCAGAAGUGCAAAAAUCACAGUCCACAUUUGCUGCUCUUACAGGAUUACAGUCUGCAACUGCUACUUCUAUAAAGCAGAAGCCACAGUCUGUGACUAUUCCCGAUGCCAUUGUGGAGUCUCAGUUUGUGACAGCAGCUGGAACAGCACAAGAAUCACAGCGCACUACUAGUGAUGCCAUGAUUCAGGAGCAUGACUUCAUGGCUUUAGGCAAAGUUGCAGCAGAAGCAGAAUCUAUAAUGGCUGCUGUAGCAGCACAGGCUGUGCCAUCCACUGCUUUUGCCACCACCGAGUUACAUUCUACAACUACUUCUUCCACGAUGGAAACGAUACAGUCUGCACUGCCCGAUGUUUCAACACAAGUGCUGGUCAUGACCACUGCUUCAGAAGUGCAGAAAUCACCGUCCACAUUUGCUGCUCUUGCAGGAUUACAGUCUGCAACUGCUACUUCUAUAAAGCAGAAGCCACAGUCUGUGACUAUUUCUGAUGCCAUUGUGGAGUCUCAGUUCGUGACAGCAGCUGGAACAGCACAAGAAUCACAGCGCACUACUACUGAUGCCAUGAUUCAGGUGCCAGACUUCAUGGCUUUAGCCAAAGUUGCAGCAGAAACGGAAUCUAUAACGGCUGCUGUAGCAGCACAGGCUGUGCCAUCCACUGCUUCUGCCACCACCGAGUUACAUUCUACAACUACUUCUUUCACGAUGGAAGCGAUACAGUCUGCACUACCCGAUGUCGCAGCAGAAGUGCUGGUCGUGACCACUGCUUCAGAAGUGCAACAAUCACCGUCCGCAUUUGCUGCUGUUACAGGAUUACAGUCUGCAACUGCUACUUCUAUAAAGCAGAAGCCACAGUUUGUGACUAUUCCUGAUGCCAUUGUGGAGUCUCAGUUCGUGACAGCAGCUGGAACAGCACAAGAAUCACAGCGCACUACUAGUGAUGCCAUGAUUCAGGAGCCUAACUUCAUGGCUUUAGCCAAAGUUGCAGCAGAAACGGAAUCUAUAACGGCUGCUGUAGCAGCACAGGCUGUGCCAUCCACUGCUUCUGCCACCACCGAGUUACAUUCUACAACUACUUCUUUCACGAUGGAAGCGAUACAGUCGGCACUACCCUAUGUGGCAGCAGAAGUGCAGGUCGUGACCACUGCUCUAGAAGGACAAAAAUCACAGUCCACAUGUGCUGCUGUCUCAGGAUUAGCGUCUGCAACUGCUACUUCUAUAAAGCAGAAGCCACAGUCAGUGACUAUUCCCGAGGCCAUUGUGGAGUCUCAAUUCGUGACAGCAGCUGGAAUAGCACAAGAAUCACAGCGCACUACUAGUGAUGCCAUGAUUAAGGAGCCAGACUACAUGGCUUUAGCCAAAGUUGCAGCAGAAGCGGAAUCUAUAACGGCUGCUGUAGCAGCACAGGCUGUGCCAUCCACUGCUUUUGCCACCACCGAGUUACAUUCUACAACUACUUCUUCCACGAUGGAAACGAUACAGUCUGCACUGCCCGAUGUUUCAACACAAGUGCUGGUCAUGACCACUGCUUCAGAAGUGCAGAAAUCACCGUCCACAUUUGCUGCUCUUGCAGGAUUACAGUCUGCAACUGCUACUUCUAUAAAGCAGAAGCCAGAGUCUGUGACUAUUUCUGAUGCCAUUGUGGAGUCUCAGUUCGUGACAGCAGCUGGAACAGCACAAGAAUCACAGCGCACUACUACUGAUGCCAUGAUUCAGGUGCCAGACUUCAUGACUUUAGCCAAAGUUGCAGCAGAAACGGAAUCUAUAACGGCUGCUGUAGCAGCACAGGCUGUGCCAUCCACUGCUUCUGCCACCACCGAGUUACAUUCUACAACUACUUCUUUCACGAUGGAAGCGAUACAGUCUGCACUACCCGAUGUCGCUGCAGAAGCGCUGGUCGUGACCACUGCUUCAAAGUGCAACAAUCACCGUCCGCAUUUGCUGCUGUUACAGGAUUAGCGUCUGCAACUGCUACUUCUAUAAAGCAGAAGCCACAGUCAGUGACUAUUCCCGAUGCCAUUGUGGAGUCUCAAUUCGUGACAGCAGCUGGAAUAGCACAAGAAUCACAGCGCACUACUAGUGAUGCCAUAAUUAAGGAGCCAGACUUCAUGGCUUUAGCCAAAGUUGCAGCAGAAGCGGAAUCUAUAACGGCUGCUGUAGCAGCACAGGCUGUGCCAUCCACUGCUUCUGCCACCACUGAGUUACAUUCUACAACUACUACUUCCACGAUGGAAGCGAUACAGUCGGCACUACCCUAUGUGGCAGCAGAAGUGCAGGUCGUGACCACUGCUCUAGAAGGACAAAAAUCACAGUCCACAUGUGCUGCUGUCUCAGGAUUGGCGUCUGCAACUGCUACUUCUAUAAAGCAGGGGCCACAGUCUGCGACUGUUGCUGAUGUCACUGUGAAGUCUCAGUCUGUGACUGCAGCCGUAACAACUCAAGAAGCACGGUGCAUCACAAGUGAUGCCAUGAUUCAGAAGCCACAGUCUAUGGCUUUAGGGAAGGUUGCAGUAAAAACCAAGUCCAUAACUGCUGCUGUAGCAGCACAGGCUGUACCACACACCGCUUCUGCCACCAACGAGUCAAGCCCAACAACUACUGCUACCGUGAGAAAAUCACCACAGUCCGCACUGCCUGAUGCAGCAGAAGUGCAGAUUAUGACCACUCAUCCAGAAGUAGAAGAAUCACGAUUUACAGCUACUGCGGCCACGGGAUUACAGUCCGUAAUGGCUACUUCUAUGAAGCGGAAACCACAGUCUGGGACUGUUGUUGAUGGUGACAUGGACUCUGUAAGAGCUUCUGGAGCAGCACGAGAAUCACAGUCUGCCAUGAUGAAAGAGCCACAGCUUCAGGCAUUAUCUGAUGUUCUAGCAAGCACUCUCACUAUCACUGCUGCUCCAAAAGCAUGUAAAACAGAAUCAUCAACUGCUGCUGCCAUGGUGCAAGAGCCAGGUUCGGUGACUCUCAGAGAUAUCAUUAUUGAGCCUAAGAUGGUGAUAGCUCCGAGAGUUGCGCAGGAAUCGCACUACAUGACCAUCAGUGGCGUAGAUUUGAAGACUGCAACCACUGUGGUCAAGAAGCAGAAGUUGCAGCCCACGACUUUUCGCUGAUCUCGGUGCAGAAUUUCAGUCUAGAAAUGCUGCUCAAGCAGCGAAAAAGCCACAGUCUGCAGCAGUCACUGCUAUGAAACCAGAUUUAACUACCGUUUCCACGCAGCAGAAGCUUAAGGUAUUAGUUGCCGUUCCAGAGCCCUCAGUCUGCAGCCGCCAUUCAUGUGGGGUGCAAAUCGCAAUCCAGAACUGUUGCUCCUGCAGUAAAGAAAAUUAUAGGUGGACAGAAAUCGCAGUCUACAACAACCGUUGGCAUUAUAGACGAACUCGAGUCGGUGGCUGUACUUGCCAGCGAACACAAAUUUCAGACUACAGUGGGAAUUGGAAGGGAAAGGAGUGUGAGGCCCUGUGUGUUGUUGACACAGUGGAAACAUUGCCGACUGCAACCGCUGUUUUUGCCGAGUCAGAGUUGCAGGGCCCAAAUUCCAUCAGCCUUACAACAAUGUUGGCAGCAGACAGUAAAUCAAAAUCUAAAGCCAAGUUUCGUUUUCAUUUUCCUGAUUCGUGUGAGGAAUUGGAAGCAGAAGAGCAGAAUGUUGGUCAUGUUCCCACAAGCCUGGCAUCCGUGAGAACAGAGAGUCUCGAGGAAUCAACCGAUCGUGGUCCCGCAGACAUCACAGAGCUUAUUCAUCUAACAGAUGACAGAAACCCUGGACCAGAUAUGCCCUCAGAAAGCCCGACAGAGAAAUCCAUGCAGGCCACCAGUGUGUCAGACAAGCUGGUGGAACAGGCCGAAGAAAUUGCUUGCUACUUGGCCACUCACACUCCUGUUGAUUUUAUGGACGAAAGCACUGUUAGCGUUUGUGAAAGCCCGUUAUGCAGCAGUGACUGUGAUGAUGAGAAUAUCGGCAAGCACGUCAUGUCUAUUCCAAAUGAACCACUAAUUCCUUUGACUCAAAACAUUUCUAUGGCCAAUGCUGAGAUUUCAGACACUGUGCCUAACAAAUUGCUAGAAUUUGACCUUCGGACACAGCAACAAGCAUUGAAGAAGGCUGUAGCGUCAUCUCGAGCUACACAGAUGUUCUCUGCAAAUAGGCCCACCGAUAUCAACGAGAGGAUGGUGCAACGAGGAACAAACGCUGACAUUGAAAGGGAUCAUCCGGCUCCUCCUCGUCUCGUUGGCAGUCGUGCAAGCAGUGCUUCCACUGGUGUACUCCACGCAGCUCUAGAGAAGCCACCCGCAUCAGACGUACGAACAGAGGCACCGCUUCCUAGAGAAAUCGUGGUGCCCAGCGCAGCCGCACUCAGUCGCAGUCUCAGUAACCUCACCAACUCCAGAAACCGUGCGAUAGAGGGAAACCAACGCGGCAGCGUUUCUGCAAAAGGGAUGCCGCGUCUCUCUCUGCAGAGCUGUAGCAGUGCCCAAGAGGGCGACAGACACGUCUCGAGCCGUGCUGUCAUGUGCACCUGUUAGAAAUACCGCAAUUGAUGAGAACGGCCGGGCGGCUGCUUCAGUGGAACCCAGUGCAUCGUGUUCCGAGCCUGCCAGGCGACACCGUCUGGACUUGCCUGGCAGGAGCAGUGCAGUUGGAGCCGAGAAAGUCCAAUCGAUGAAGGCUCCCUCUGCGGGUCACUUGUUCCAUCCUUCUCAAGGAAGGUAUGUUCUCAAGCAAGAAGUUUUGCAAGGCGGAGACGAGCUCGGCAUGAGCGCGGUUUUCUGCACGGUUCUGUGGGUCCCCACAGGCAGCGGUGCCAAAACGUAGCGCUGCUGAACACAUAUUAUCGGAGAAGUGCCUUAAACUUGCGGCUCGAUUUGAGCACAAGUUAUGAAACUGGCCAAGUAGGAGCAGCAGUGUAACGGCUGACUGGCACUUGAAGGAGUGCUGACACAAAAUAUUUAAGACGAGAAAGUGAGUGGGAUAGAUUUACUUGGAGGGAUACACAAAAUUGACAAAAUAUCGUAUUUAAGAUCAGUUUUAAAGUGCAUGCCACGCGACUGCACGAGAUGCAGAGCACCUCGCAACACUGACACCAAUGCAGUUCAGUGUAGACAAACCUUCGUCGCGAGUAUGUGUUGGCGGGUCAAAGCGGCAUGCGCUCUCGUGCACAGCGCCUAUGUCAUAGUUUCACGUGGUCAUGUGGCCAGCUGUGUUCACCUAGCCACCGGAACUGCUCCUGCCUAGUUUGAUGUUGCUUGAAACUGAAACUGCGACUGGGCACUCUGAAAGUGUCUUCGAGUAAAUAACCGUCGCACACUCGUGCAAACGAGGUUUUCAGUCGUGAAAAGUCGGUCAUAACCUACCUAUUGCCAAAAAAAAGAGGUACAAAAUUAGUUUGUCAGUGCUCCUUUAAAGGAGAACUGACAAAAAAAUUUUGCUUCUGCUUAUUUUUGUUGCAGUUAAGUAGCUAAUGGCCCACUUACCACAGCUGGAAGCUUGUACGCUGGAGCGUGCGGCAAGUGAUUAAUUGGAGAUAAUUUUAUAGCACCCGCUCGCAGUUUCAAUUUCAAAAAGCACCGAGUGAGGGGGUACCCAGAGUGGUUUUCAUGUAAACAGAGCUGGCUAUGUGAAGCACACAAAACCGCGUGCACAUGAGGACUUCACUGACAACUCUUUUCAAUAAAGGUUUUCUAGUUGUUGUAAAUAUGCAUGACUUCGCACUAGAAAUGCACGGCCGGGGCAGGUCUGCCCCCUCUUUCUGUUGAAAAGGUCUGCUAGGAGAGAGCGCUUGCAAGUAUCGUGGCAGCCAACACAAACUCGUGACGCGAGUGGUUGUUGAAUGUUUGCACGAAAACCAAGGUUUCGCGUAUGGUGGCAUGACAUGCACUUCAAAAUUGAUUUCAUGUAUGGUCUAGGCUAUAUUGCCUGCUGGUAUCUCGUAGUUGAUGCGUGUGUGUCCACACGAUUGUCACUCGUAUGUUAUCCCACCUUCAAAGCGCUGUGUCAGUGCUCCUUUAAAGCGCUCACGUGGCCCAAGGAGCCAAGGCCGUGAGCAGGCUGCAUGUUGCGAGUUCAUGUACGUUCGUAGAGGUGGCAGGAGUGCUUGUCUGUGUCAGCUUAACAUUAUUUAUUGUCUCUUCAGUAUGUGUGCACAUUUCAUUUGUGAAGUCACAAAUGUCGUUAUUGCACAAAAUGUGAUCGUUCCUGUAGGGGUGUUGUAUAAAUUGUACAUAGAAACAUUCCAUGUUAUUGCCAUUUUGUGGAUCUCUUAUCAACAAUAUGUUGCCUUUUACAUGUAUGCAAAGUGAUAGGGGUGGCCUUGAUUAAGAGUUGACCUGAAUUGCACCUCAUUUGCAAGACUAUUUGAAUAAAAGUGCAGCAACAAAAGUUGCUGUGGAAACAU